CCAUCGAUCACAUCCAUCGAUCACAUCCAUCGAUCACAUCCACACGAGGUCAUAGACGAGGCCACAGUGAGCUAUGCUCUUCGCCCGUCAAGGGUCAACACCGCGGUUGCCCCGUCGCUUCCAACCAGCACACGACGCGGAGACAUCCCCGGACACGUCCUUUCCGCCAUCGCCCUCUGUCUGCCUCGGUCCUCCAUCGCUGCUCAUCCACCUGCUUCUCCGGCGCCAUGCCUGCGAGCCCGUCGCUGUUUCUCGAGGCCCUGGUCGACCCGGAAAACUCGUCGCAUGUAUACGAGGCUCGCCGCACUCACAACAAUCGCACCCACCGUAUCGCCGUCAAGGUUGUGGCCUUUCCAUCGUCAGCCCCGUCGCGCAGUCGGCUUGUUCAGGAGAUUCAGCGUAUUCGGUCGCUGCGUCUGCAUAAUCCCAAUGUCGUGACCAUCUUCGAGGCGCAUUUCGACUACGAUGCCCAAACGGCGACGUUGUGCAUGCAGUACCAUCCUCUCAAGAGUCUUCACAACUUUCUGUAUCGCUCGACGUUCCCGCACUCGGACAUCACCGCCGCCAUCAAAUACGGAUUCAUCGUCGGUAUCGCCCAGGGACUCCAUUAUCUCCACCAGAACAACAUUGUUCACGGCAACCUCAAGAGCCAGAAUGUCUUGCUCAAGUACGACACCGACGGGACCCUGCGUGCCCAGCUCUCGGACUACGGCCUGUCCGCUGUUCGUCCUGCUCUCGGCGACCCCAAUCUCCUUCCAACGUCGACCUUGGUUUACACGGCCCCCGAGUGUCUGGAGCCGUUGCUCGACUCACAUCCGGGAGCCGAGUCCGAUGUCUACGGCUUCGCCAUGCUCGCAUACGAAGUGUGGUUUCUCGCCAAGCCGUUCGACGGCCUCGCUGCCAGUGAGAUCCAGCAGUACGUCAGCAGGGGCAACCGAGAGCCUCUUCCUGCCGGCUGGGUGCUGUCGGAUCUCUUGUCGGCAUGCUGGGACGCCUUGCCAGAUCGCCGGCCCGAUAUCGAAGCGGUCUGCUCUGAGCUCAACAAGCGACUUGGAACACAGACCCCGCCGCCCAUCGACCUGCAGUUCGUCAUGGACCUUUAUCCGUCGACCACACCGACUCGAAGCUCGCUCGAUAUCGCCUCGUCCUAUCGCAGUCUCUCGAGCUUUGACCGACCCGAUGAGCGCGAUGAGCUAAGCAAGGACGUUGUCUUUACGUUUUCUCGGAAUGAGCGCUGGCUCGACACCCGUCAUAUCCCGAUCAUUGCACAAGAGGGCAAUGCAGCGUUUUGUCUGGAAUAUCCCGAUCCACUUUUGUCAAUCGAAGUGCUCCAGGCACUCCAGGCCUCAAACUCGAGCUCCGGAUCUGGCCAACUCCCGGAAUCGUGGACAAUCAAACUCUGCGACACCACCCCGCAGGGUUUGGCCCUGUUGACCUUGAAGAAGACAGGUGGCUCAAAGGACUACGACUUUGUCAUCAAGACCCUCAACGACAAAUCCUUCGUCACCAAGUUUGAGCGGCGCGGCCUCAUCCACGUCAAACACAAGUUCAAGAGCAUGAGCUCGUCGCUGACCUAUGGCUGGACCGGCGAGUACUCCGACUCAUCCACGUACCACCUCCUCAAGGUGUACCCAUCCAAACAGAUCGUCGGUCGGUACGACCGCGGACAACUCAAUGAGGCCAACGGCAAACUGGAAGGGCAAAUUUCAUUCAAAGCUCCCUACAUCGAAGACACGAUCUUGAUUCUAGCAACUGCGCUGUUACUGGAGGAGCCCGCGCGAGUCGCCGAGAUUGUCAAAGAGGCAGCGUUCUGAGUCAAGU